GCGGCUUAGUUUUACGAAACAUAUAAGCGGCUUGGUUUGCUUCAUCAAUCAACUAGACAUACAUCUGUUUAUUGCUUAUGACUUUAUUUUAUUAUUUUUAUCAAACUAGAGUAAACAAGUGGUUGACCGCGUCAUCGUGUGACUGUUUCUCAAACUUUCAUUUGUGGUUAUACUUUAUAUCGAUUCAAUGUCGAAAAAACAAUCUGGCAAUGCUAUCCGCGAUGACGGAAACUGUCUGCCGGCGUUUAUUGUAGUCAGACAUGGAGAUGAUGAGAAGUCGAUUCUGAACGCAGACUGCAGAGUUGAAUUGCUUUUGGAUGCUGUGCGACAAAGAUGCAGAAUAGACAGAGACGCGGACAUCGACUUUGUUGAUGAAGAGGGGAAACUGCAGUCGAUGGGGGACAAUGCAAGUGCAAAGAAGUACGUGCACCAAGUGUUACAAGACAGAGCCACCUUCAUCCCCUUAGCGAUAGACAAAUUUGGUCCAGCAGAUGACGACAAGAAAUUUAUUCCAUUGCUCAGUUCAAAAACAAUGCAAGUCGAAUACCCAACAAUUUAUGGAAAUUUGCAAUCACUAGCGCAGACGAAAGGUACAAAGCGAGUGGGAGCCAAGUCAAAGAAAUUGUCAGUAGCAGGAAGGAGCUCAAGAUUGAAAUGAAAACGCGAACUUAUAUACUAUUGUUGGAGGCGUUGAUAUGGCCUAUCCAACCUGUGCACGGACCGUCGCAUGACCGAAGGGCCUAGUUUAAUUGACCCCCUUUAAAAA